GCCCCGGCAACUCUAUCAACACACACAUUGCAUUACUUACUUGUACGUGAGGCAUAUUUGUUUCUCUACACAUUGAGGAUUUGGACGAGCAUGAAAUGAGGCGUUUUGUUCUAAUCAUUGUCUAAUAUAUGCGGGUUGGUUAUGUCGUUUUGUUUUGUUUUACUUCAGUUCGGUCUAGCAGUUCAUCUUCUAUACUAUACAAGAGCUGCAUACAAAUGUGGAACUUACUUUCUAUCUUAUUGGCCUUUUCAUAUUUUGAGCAUUACGGACCCAGUCACUGUUGGUCAGCAUUGGGGCGAAACAUUGAAUGCAUAGUUAGCUGUCGGGUGCCCUGGAUUCGUUUAGAUUUCGGGUGUCCUUCUAGAAGGAUGAUCAUUAUCCCAUUCGUUGGCUCUAGAAAUGCAUACACCGCCAUUCUGAGUCAAAUCAUUCCUACUAGUGACGAUCUACUACGUACUGCACAGUACCUCAACAGAGGGGGUUACAUAGCAGGACGAUCCCGGCCCCUCUACGACAACGAAACACGGCUCGAUCCACUGGCUGCAUUGGUCUUUUGUUCGAUUUUCCCUAUUGGAUACAACCCGCCAAUCGCCACCAGCAGCAUCGCCAUUCAUCACCUCCCUGGCUUCUCCCCAUUCCACCACCUCAGGCAAGCCUCACGACCGUACCAGCAACAUCCUCGCCCCAGCCCCGACCCGGGGAAAUUCGAAACCACGCGCCUCCCGGGUCUUAUGUUCAUCAGGUAACAUUUAUCCGACUCCGCCGAGUGAAAUAAAACAUGCCAUGAAUGCAUAAUGAGAAGUCGUCAUAAUGAUCGUUGGAUAUGACAUUUCCCGCCAAAAGGAGAAAGCGAAAUAAUGGGUAAACGCGGAAUUUCAGACACACGCAAAUUGUCACGAAAACAAGGAAAGGAUCUACGAUCACGGUACGCCAGGCUUCGGAUCUGAUCUAACGGGGAGAAAGAAGACGCAGAAGCGAAUUGGGAAGACCAAGGUGGCCGUGGAAACUUGAAUUGAGAAGAUCAGAUGGCAUAUUUGCGAGUCCAUUCACGCGCGGUCGCCUCGUAGCGGGGACGGUCCGUCUUGUACACGUGAGCUAUUUCCGGCACCAACGGGUCGUCGGGGUUGGGGUCUGUGAGCAUCGAGCAGAUCGAGAGCAGCACUGUAAGGAGCAAAUUAGACUCUACA